AUGAGUUUUACUGAGAAGGAUCAGACAAUGUCUGAAGAUCAGGCUGUGGGGAAGGAUCAGACAAUGCCUAAAGAGUGGUUGAUACUUGGUGUGGAGGAAAAAAUUUAUGAUGGCAAAGCAAUAUCAGAUUUUCGGAAAAGUUUUGACUGUCUGGAGAGCAAUCAAUUGAAAGUAUGCUCCUUGUGCCUUUCAAUUUUCCCAGAGAAUAGCAUCAUAAAGAAGAGACCCCUUAUUUACUGGUGGAUAGGAGAGGGUAUGGUCACUAAAACCUCAGAAAAGACUGCAGAGGAGGUUGGAGAAGAUGUCUUUGGACAAUUGAUAAAUGAAAGCUUCAUAAUCCCCAAAGUUGAGAAUCAUUCUCCCAAUAUAAACAGUUUUAUCGUGCACCCUUGGAUUCGAAGAAUGCUGAUCUCGGUUGCAAAAGGACUUCACUUUUUUAAAUUUACUCCCUCGGGGAUGCCUCGCAAUGGUCAUCGUCGUGCAUUCUUAUUUGCCCAUCUUUGGGAUUCAUACGAUACAAUGAGAGACAAUCCUCUUACGGUUUUCAAUGUGAAUUGUGAAUAUCUUACAUUUAUACCUGACUGGCUCUCGAGGUUGAAUAGGGUUGAGGUUCUUCAGUUGGGCCGGUGGCAACACUCUGUCGAGCAUCAUAUUGAAGUGGAAAAUGAAGAUUUGACAGUUGAGUCAAAGGAGAAAAAGAAAAAGCAAUAUGAACUCUCUGUGAAUGGUUUGGGAAGUCAGACAUCCCUAAGAUAUCUAAGCCUCAGAGGCGUUUCUAGAUUGACUUACCUACCUUGUUCGGUGCUUAAACUAAUAAGCCUUGAGAUUCUUGAUUUACGUGCAUGUCAGAGUCUAGAGAAACUGCCUUCUGAUAUAUCAGCACUGAGAAAUCUUACUCACUUGGAUGUGUCAGAGUGUUACCUGCUCGAAAGCAUGCCAGACGUUAAAAAGGUUAAGGAAAUUGAGCAUACGAAUUGGGAAUGA